UUUAUAUGUGUAGUUCAACAUCUUGAAGGACUGGUUGUGCAAAGAUUGUUCGAACUUGUCAAGGCCAACUUGGCUGGUACAGGUUAUAAAAUGUGCCAACAGAUAUCCAAUGCAAUAACUCGCCAUUCCACUGUGAUUCGCAAUGUGCUCAAACACUACAACCGACUUGCGCCUUUACAAUCCCCUCCAUGCGAUAUACUGAAGUUCAGUGAUGUUGCAUUGUACACAUGGCUUGGUGAGUUCAAGCUGCUCAAAAGCUCAUGGCAGGAAAUCUUAACCAAACCUUGGGUCUCAAAAUCCAACAGGGAGGUCGCAGGCAAAUACUUUAAGAUAGUUCAUGUGCGCAAAGAAAUUGAACAUCUCAAUGUUGAGAUCUCUUAUCUUCAAUGGUGGAUUGAGGACGAGGAUGCUCACUUACUCAAUACUGCAAUAUCAUUGGAAGUCAAUCAACCUGCUCUCUCAUGUGAGAUCCGCCAUCUGCAUGAUAAACGUGUGCAUAUUAACAACAUUCACUGUGCACACCUUCAGGCAAUAUAUGCAAUACCAAGUUUUAGUAGUGUUUUUGUACCAGAGAGCUCUAAUGAUUGA